AUGGCCACUAUCGAUUCUACAAGUACAAGGCUGCAACCAGCUCAACCCUCUACCCCCACAUCAACACCCCUGUCCAUCCUUGAUGCCACAGUUGCACGGUUCACGCCAACAGGAGCAAUUUGGUUCUUUGACCAGAAGCCUGCACACCUGGGCCAGAAGAUCCUGCUCGAGCAUUUGCAGAGUUCCUUCGCUGAGACUCUAUCAAAAUUUCCUCAUUGGGCAGGCCAACUGCAAUGGGCACCAGUCAAUCCCAAAGGAAAUCACACCGAACGGUUCAAUCGCCCAGUGGUUGUAUACGGAACCGACAACGACCCCGGUGUGGAAUGGAGAGUGGUCGAACAUCAUCUCCGAGCAGAUGAAAUCAUCCCCACAGCCGAAGAGCGGGCUUCAUCUACCGCUGGUUCCCAGCCCAGAGCGUGGGUAGGCGAUGACUUCAAUCAGCAAUCUUUUAUAUCGCCCAACCCAUUGGCACUUGAGAAUCUGCGCGACUAUGCUGGUCUGCCGGGUAUGCAGGUCCAAAUAACACUUCUUCGGGGCGGGGGCUACGCCAUCGGAAUCAAGCUUGCGCACUGUCUAGCGGACGCGCAAUCGUUGAUGGUAUUCGUGCAUCUAUGGGCAUACAACAGCAAAAAGCAAUUUGGUCAUGAGUCCGGAACCCCACUGCUGGGCGAACCAGUGUUCGAUCCCGCGUUGCUGGACAGCUGCGCUGCUGGUGACAUAGACGGUCCCGAGCCCGACCAAGCCAUCGUCCAAGCCGCGCACAAAUUACCUUUACAUCGAUAUAGCUGGUGGGAUACUGCCGUCGAGGGUUACCCUGCAUUUUGCAUACCCACUACAGAGAACUCCAAACCACCACCCGAAAUUCUCGAGCAAACGCGCGUUGCCCCGUCAGAGCCAGCACCCUGGCUUUCAUGGGAUCUCUCCCGACCGGUCAGCCACACGCUACUUCACUUCACCGGUACAGAGCUUCGCCAGUUCCAAGCCCAUGCCCUCGAAAGUCCGGGGUGUCGACGUGACAUCUCCCGACUGGACGCUCUACUGGCGCACAUGUGGAUAUCGAUCACGCGAGCACGCGGACUUACAGAUUCCUCUGACCCUGUGUACCUCGACCUGAGUCUCGGGGCACGACAGCGUGUAUCUCCCACUCUUCCGGAUACCUUUAUCGGAUCACCACUGUUUCUAACUCACGUGGGCGGCCCCGCUGCCUUGACAUGUAAGCAAACGCUCGGCGAGACAGCCAGUCGGAUCCGCGAGACGAUGAGUGGGUUCACGGCAGAUGCUGUGGGUGCGAUGCUGCAUGAUGCUGCGCAUGAGGUAUCGCCGCAGCGGCUGUGGCAGGCGUUCUUGGGAUCACAGCAUACGAUUGUCACCUCGUGGUUGCGGUUGCGGCUGCAUGAGGUUGACUUUGUGGGCGGGGCUAAGCCGCGGUAUACCCAUGCUGUUAUGCCUAAGAUGGAUGGGUGUGUUCAGGUUAUGGAUAGCGCGAUUGGAGAUGGUGGUAUGGAUGUUGCGCUCUAUCUAGAUGGGGAAGCUACGAGGCGGUUGCUCGAUGCAGGUGGUGACUGUCGUGGACCGUGA